ACAUCUUAGCUCCGAAAAUCGAAGAUUCCUUCAACGAUCUGAGACGCUUCUCUCUCGUAGCACCAAAUCGCACACUCCAAUCAAGGUCACAAUCUAGAGAGAGAGAAAGAGAGAAUCAGAGGAAAAAAAAUGUGGUUGGGUUUGUUAGCUUCGAAGGCCAUGAGACCCACCUCAAGGCUCUUCAAUUACCAAAACCCUAGCAACUUCCUCAUCCGAACCAUUGUUUCAAAACCCGAGCUUCGGAAUCCGGAAGCUACCGCCGCACAACCCCAGCCGGAACAGCCUCCGCUCCCUCCCCGAACUCCGGUCGCCGGCGCAAGAGUUCACUUCCCGAACCCUGACGAUGCAAUUGAGGUGUUCGUCGACGGCUACCCCGUGAAAAUCCCCAAGGGUAUGACAGUUCUUCAGGCCUGUGAGAUUGCCGGCGUCGACAUCCCUCGAUUUUGCUACCAUAGCAGACUCUCCAUUGCCGGCAAUUGCCGUAUGUGCCUCGUUGAAGUCGAGAAAUCCCCCAAGCCUGUUGCUUCUUGCGCCAUGCCUGCUCUUCCUGGGAUGAAAAUUAAGACCGACACGCCUGUAGCAAAGAAAGCUCGAGAAGGGGUGAUGGAAUUUUUAUUGAUGAAUCAUCCAUUAGAUUGCCCGAUUUGUGAUCAGGGUGGGGAAUGUGAUCUUCAGGAUCAGUCAAUGGCAUUUGGCGCUGAUCGUGGUCGGUUCACUGAAAUGAAGAGAUCUGUGGUGGAUAAAAAUCUUGGACCUUUGGUGAAGACUGUGAUGACUCGGUGCAUUCAAUGUACAAGGUGUGUUAGAUUUGCAACAGAGGUUGCAGGGGUUCAGGAUCUUGGCAUGCUAGGUCGUGGCAGUGGAGAGGAGAUUGGAACAUAUGUUGAGAAACUUAUGACAAGCGAACUUUCUGGAAAUGUGAUAGAUAUCUGUCCUGUGGGAGCACUCACUUCAAAACCUUUUGCAUUUAAAGCCCGGAAUUGGGAGUUGAAGGGUACAGAGAGCAUUGAUGUUACUGAUGCUGUUGGAUCCAAUAUUCGAAUUGAUAGCAGAGGACCUGAAGUCUUGCGCAUUGUUCCUCGUUUAAAUGAGGACAUAAAUGAAGAAUGGAUUUCAGACAAGACCCGCUUUUGUUAUGAUGGUUUAAAGAGGCAGAGGUUAAAUGACCCCAUGAUUCGUGGUUCUGACGGACGCUUUAAGGCUGUGAGCUGGCGUGAUGCCCUUGCUGUGGUAGCAGAGAUUGCCCAUCAAGUUAAACCAGAAGAAAUUGUUGGAAUAUCUGGCAAACUUUCUGAUGCUGAGUCCAUGAUUGCACUAAAAGAUUUCUUGAAUAAGAUGGGGUCAAAUAAUGUGUGGUGUGAAGGCAUUGGCGUAAAUACUAAUGCUGAUUUGAGAUCAGGAUAUAUUAUGAAUACUAGCAUUGCUGGUCUUGAGAAAGCGGAUGUUUUUCUGUUGGUUGGUACCCAGCCACGGGUGGAAGCUGCUAUGGUUAAUGCCAGAAUACGGAAGACUGUCAGAUCAAACGAAGCCAAGGUUGGGUACAUUGGGCCUGCUCCUGAUUUCAACUAUGAUCACCAACAUCUCGGUACUGGCCCUCAAACACUUCUGGAAAUUGCUGAGGGUCGCCACCCAUUUUUCAAGACUAUCUCAAAUGCUAAAAACCCUGUUAUCAUUGUUGGUGCUGGUAUUUUUGAGAGGAAGGACCAGGAUGCAAUUUUUGCAGCUGUUGAAACCAUUGCGAAAAAAGGGAAUGUUGUCAGACCUGACUGGAAUGGCCUUAAUGUAUUGCUUCUCCAUGCUGCCCAGGCUGCUGCACUUGACCUUGGACUUGUGCCCCAGUCUGAAAAAAGCCUUGAGUCUGCAAAAUUUGUAUAUUUGAUGGGUGCUGAUGAUAUAAACAUGGACAAUAUCUCGGAGGAUGCUUUUGUUGUUUAUCAAGGUCAUCAUGGUGACAAGAGUGUUUAUCGCGCAAACGUCAUUUUGCCAGCAGCAGCAUUCAGUGAGAAGGAAGGGACCUAUGAAAACACUGAAGGAUGCACCCAACAAACAUUGCCUGCAGUUCCAACAGUUGGUGACUCCAGAGAUGAUUGGAAGAUAAUUCGAGCUUUGUCUGAGGUGUCAGGAGUGCGGUUGCCCUAUGAUACAAUUGGGGCUGUUCAUGCCCGAAUCAGGACUGUAGCACCAAAUCUUGUGCACAUGGAUGAGAAAGAGCCAGCCACAUUGCCAUCUUCUCUGAGACCAACCUUCACCAAAAAUGUUGAUACGACUGCAUUUGGGACUGCAGUUGAGAAUUUCUAUAUGACUGAUUCCAUUACCAGGGCAUCAAAGAUAAUGGCACAAUGCAGUGCUAUGCUAUUGAAGAAGUGAAGCAUGGAAACUUUUUUUUCUUGGUUUAAAUAAAAAUGCAGAUUCAUGUUUUUCUUUUACUGGCCAUGGAAGACCAUGCUUGCCCAGAGCUUGUCGGAUGUUGGAAGUACCCAAUAAAUUGAAUUUGGUCUUUAUAUAUUCCAUUUGUAAUAUGCGGUGUAAAAACAUCACUUUUUAGAACUACUCCAUGUACGAUUUGGGUUAUCCGACUGAUUAUGAAAGUUUACUACUUUA